GUAAUUCAUAGUAAUUAUAUUCUGUAAUUUUGAAAUUAGUCUUUGACAUGGACUAUAGGUCUGAUAGUUUCUUUUCGCCAGCUGCUGCCGCCGCCGCGGUUGCGGCUCACCAGCACUAUCACCAUUAUUCAACGCCUACGCAAGCUGCAAUUGCAGGAUCCACAUACGGCUAUCAUUCACAAUAUCCACCUACCCACCCAUACUACGGGAACAGCUAUAUGAGCGGGCUUGGUUCUAAUAGCACGAGCGCGGACGUCGGUGGGCUAUUUGGAGGAUCACCGUCCACAUCGCCCGGGUCAAACGCUACCAACCCGACAAAUUCACCUCUAUCUAAUGCUCUUUCUGCUCUUCCUGGUUCACCUCCGAUAUCUGCUUCAUUACCUACGUCACCAAAUACGCCAUCAAUGGCGUCACUUUCACUAGCAGCUCGAUAUGGAAAUGGUAGAUCAUUUGCUGGAUCGUCUUGCAAAGAGAACUAUGCUUAUCAAAAUAAAGGAAUCUCUCAUCCGUCGUUUUACAGCGGAAGCGGUCUUGCUUCUUUAGUCGCACAGGCCGCAAACUUUCCUUCAACUGAAAACGAAAACACAAGUUCAUCAUGUAACGGUGGCAAGGCAUUGAAUAGCUUUCAUACGAGUCGUCAAAACUUCGCUGAAACGAGUCCACAAAGCAGUUGCCGACGUUCUGAAAAUGAUCGACGACAGUCGACCGAACAAACCAAUCAAAAAGAACACUGUGCACGCACACACGAAGGCACAAAUUCCCCAAAAUCAGGCAAUAAACUUCAUCAAAAAAGCACAACAAGUCCGCUGGAUACAGAAAAAUAUUUUGAAUCGUGUUUUGAAUCAAGCAACGCUGAAAAUAACAACAAAAUUCAGUCCGAUUCUAGAAAAGAAACAACCGAUUCUCGCAUGGAUUCUUCCCCGCAGAGUUGCGCUGAUUCGCCCGAUACCCAACAUUCAAAAGACGAAGGUGAAAAAGCACGUAGUGACGUCGGAGAUUCGAAUAUGAUCGACGGAAGCAGUAAAGACGACGUCAGUAAUGACGUCACAGCCGAAGUAACGGAAGAGAAUUCACAAAGUGAUGACCAAGAUGGAGAGGAGAAAAAUAAACGUCGACAAAGAAGACAGAGAACCCAUUUUACUUCUCAGCAACUUCAAGAAUUAGAAGCGCUGUUUUCACGAAAUAGAUAUCCUGACAUGUCAACAAGAGAGGAAAUCGCAACUUGGAUCAAUCUUUCUGAACAAAGAGUCAGAGUCUGGUUCAAAAACCGCAGAGCAAAAUGGAGAAAACGUGAACGCAACCAAAUGACAGACUACAAAAAUUUUCACUUCAAUGGAAUCAACGGCAUACUUCCUUAUGAUGAUGGAUUAUACGGCUACUCCCCUUCCCCAUAUUGGUCAAAAAUGUCCCCACUUGGAGCAAAACCGUACCACGCAGCCGCUUGGGGAUUCAACUCAGCAUUAAAUUCGAUCACAACCCAGCCGUUAAAUUUUAGCCAGAAUUCGUCCGCAGUAUCCUCGGCAUUGCCUAACAUGAAUAACGGACUUGGAAGCAUGGGAGGUGUAGGGAACACUAAUCCUACUCAUUACACCGGUGCUGCAAACCCGUACAAUAUGUAUCGCGGUACUUCGACUGAUCCGUGUAACUCCAGUCUCACAUCUCUGAGACUCAAAGCCAAGCAACAUUCUGAUUAUAUCGGAUAUUCUUCCGUUCUUGACCCAGCAACAUUCUCUGCCUGCCAGUACGCCCCUCACAAAAACAUAUAAAGAUUUGAAAAUGAGUGAAAUCAAUUUGCAUUUUUGUGCCUCUGUGGAAGCUUUGACAUAAAGAGCACGAAUAAAAAUAUAAAUUGAUUUUGCGAUGUUUAAAAUUAGCUGACAGCAGGCUACCAAGGGUUUGCCACAUACAAAGAUUCUGCCCAAAUCCCGAAUAUGACUGUUCAGAAAAAAAUUGAAGUUGAUAUGAUGGACAUGGCAUCGAUGGACAUGGCAAGGUGUCGUUGAAAUGUGGCUCCCACCAAACGCCAUGAGCCACAAUCCAUAUGAGGCUUAAAAUCGGAUUCCAUCCGGAAUAAAUGUUAAAACUAAUACGAGCUAUAUUGUCGUGAAUUAUAUAUGAAUGAAGCAUAAUGUAUAAGUGUUGUAGAAAGACAUGACAAUGACAUUCGCAGACGACGCGUUCAAGUGUACACAAUUUCUAGAUACAAUGGUUGUUAUAGCAACCGUUACCAUGACAAUGCACUUCUAGUUUGCAGUGGAAUUUGAACAAAUAUUUACCACGAUUGUUAACGAACAAAAUAUAGGAACACUUUAUAUUAUGCGCGUGGUAUCAAAUUUUUGUUUUCUCUCAAACGCUACGUUUCAUUGUGUUAAAUGCAGUUGUUAUUAUAUUGCUUUGCACGUGAUAUAUGCUUUUACUUGUUGGAACUAUAUUAUCGACCUACCAUGUGUGAACAUGGUCUGACACAGGGGCGCUGGAGAAUAUGGUAUAAUACAGACCAGUACCCAAAUUUAUUUUGACAAAUAUUUUAAGUUGGAACAUUGAAUUUUCUUAAUUAUUAGUUGCAGAAUUGCCUAAAUGUCGU